UUCUUGCGGGUGACCAAACAUUACCUCCCCCACGUGGCGCGGCUCUGUCUGGUCAGCACCUUCCUGGAGGACGGCGUCAGGAUGUGGUUCCAGUGGGGCGAGCAGAGCGAGUACAUCGAGUCCACCUGGAGCUGUGGACGCUUCAUCGCCAACGUCUUCGUGCUGCUCAACCUGCUGGGGCAGCUGGGAGGCUGUUUGCUGAUCCUCAGCAGGAACUUUGUUCAGUACGCCUGCUUCACUCUGUUCAGCAUCAUCGGCAUGCAGGUACACACACAC